GAUACGCUAUUUACACACAGACUGAACUUUGAACAGUGUGAAUAUGAUGACAUGACUGAUAAACACACAUUACUGAGGGAUGGAGGGGAGAGAUAAACCUCAGGGCAUGCAGAUUUCAUUUCGACAGUAGCCCGAGGAAUUCUGUUGGUCUUCUUCCUCUUCUUUUUGUCCUUUAAUUAUAUUGCCAAAACCGGAUUAUCAUCUCUCUGAGUUCACAAUACCAUGACUAUCGGCAAGAGCUCCAGAAAGAACAAAGCCCCUCGUUCCCCUACUUUCCUGGACAAGGCUAAUGGAUUCUAUGGGCGCCUGGAUGAGAUGGGUGGAGAUGAUGUACAGGUGGAGGGAGAAACCACAGAAGUCCAGAUGGGAACCUUGAUCAGAGAAGAGAUCCGGAGACAAGAUGACAUGAUGGUCCCAGGUUGGAUAGAAGAGGAUGACCAUGUGGUUGAUUUUAACCAGGGAAUGAUGGAUGACGAUGGGACCACUUUACUGAAGAGAAAGCCCAGCAGACUGAGUCAGCGCUGGAGCAGGAAAAGUUCUAGGAAGGCAAAAUGUGACAAAUUUUCUUCAGGGAAAGAAAGUAAGGGUACUGAAACUGUAAAGAACCCAUCUGUAGGUCCAAAUCCAGAGGUGCCAGCAGUGGCCCAAACCCUGAAAGCAGCAGACAGCAGAGAAGCAGAACUAGCACUGGUCCAUUUCUCUGCAAGGGAGCAUGCAGAUGAUCAAAUUCUCAUUUCAGGAAAGACGGGGGGUAAAAGAGAACUGGAAGACACAAGAAAAGAGAAGAAGACAGAAGGCAAAUUGGAUGGAGAAACCAUGGAAAUUGUAAAGAGGAACUCUCUCAAGAAUUAUCGCAUGGCUCUGGACAGAGCUUUCCGCCGAGGAUGGGAGACAUUUGUUGCCAAUCUGUACAGUGUGACGCUGACACCUAUCUCAUCAACAUCCUCUUCAUCCUCACCAUCAGACAAAACCAAAAUGAACAGGAAUCGUGCUUUAGCAGAAUUCAGAUAACAGACUUACUGUUGAUGUUCAAAUUGAUCUGUAAUUUCAUGUAUUAAUUUAAAUGUGCUUAAAUAUUUAAUAUCAAUUGUUCUGUUGCAUAGAACCGAUCUGUGCUGAUCUAUUUUUUAACUGAUCAUUAUAUAACCUGACAAGAGGGGUCAAUAUUUGAACUUUUUAUCAGCGUAUAAAUUUGUUAUCGCAGCACUACUUGGCAGGGGCCUGUAGCUGAUCUUUGUUCCCUCACAGGAACACAUGAGGCCCAGGCCCUUAAUUUUCUUAUAUGGAGAGAUUUUUUUGAGUCCAGAUAUGAUUAGAAUUUUUGAGCUGUGAACAGUUUUGGGGAGUUCCUGUACUUUGGUCAUGAACUUGUAUUCUUCCAAAUAUUACAAAGAUGUACCUAAGGGUUAACUCAAAAACAAACUUGGGAGCUCAAAAAGCUUUUUUAAAAUGUCAUUACAACAUAAUUGGCAGUGAAGUAUAUUAAUGACAAUAGAUGGAGUUAAGAUGUUUUUGGGGUUCUGUACAUCUAUUUUACCUGUGAACAAACAGUUUUUUUUUUUGUUUUUUUUUUGACCAUUUAGUUUCUGUGAAAAACAUUUGGUCUUUGUGUGUGUGUGUGUGUGUGUGUGUGUGUGUGUGUGUGUGUGUGAUGUCAUGUUCUGCAUCACAUUAAAAAGAAAAAGUGAAGAAAAAAAAUCCUUUGUCA